CGCUAGACACUCCGAGAAUACCUCACUCAAAGUCACUUCUUCUCAACUACCGAGGUGUUUCUCUCUCUCUAUAUUUCUCUCUCUACAGUCGAAGGAGAUCACUACAGCUUUAGCUCUGCUGUUCUUGCCCCCACUCUGUCCCUCCCUCUUUCUCUCUCUAACUCUCUCUAUCUACAGUUUUGUCUAUACUUUACGGCUCUCGCUUUCGGAGUACUAUACUACUAUCUCUCUCAUCCAAUGUGAUUUAAUUCGACUAUCGAUCUUCAAAUGCGGAGUCUUUGAUCAUAGUGAGUAGCGAAUUGGGUGGAGCUAGGGUUUGUGAGCUCUUGAAAUCGACUUGGAUUUUGAAAUGAGGAAUUUGGGUACGGGUUGGAAUUUGGAUUGGGAUCGGGUCGGGUGUUGAGAUGGAUCCGCCGGCGCUGAUCAACGAGGGUGCGUUUCAGUUUGCGAGUUUGGCGGAGAUCUGGCCGUUUCCGAUCAACGGCGGCGGUGCCGGUGGUGGUGGAUCCGGAGGAGGUUUGGACUUGAGAAGCGUUGAGUUUGGGCGGAUUUUGGGUCAGCUUGCGGAUGAUUUGAAUUCGAUUCGAGACGGUUCUUCUGGUGAUGAUCCGAUGGUUUUGGACCAGAGAGGGGCUUAUGAUGCCGGUGUGACGAAGCGGCGUGAUGAGGAUGAGUCGGUCAAGGUUGUCUCGACGAGCAAUGGCAAUGGCAGUGGCGUGAACGAUUGUGAUGGUAAGCGUCUUAAGAGCGCACGAUGCAGAGACAAUAAUUGUGAUACAAAAGCUGAAAUGGAAGCAAAUUCAAGCAAGCAAUCAGAGCAAGAUGCGAAACUGCCCGAGCCUCCAAAGCAAGAUUACAUCCAUGUACGAGCACGAAGGGGUCAAGCAACCGAUAGUCACAGCUUAGCAGAAAGAGCUAGGAGAGAGAAGAUAAGUGAGAGGAUGAGAAUUCUCCAAGAUCUGGUCCCUGGUUGUAAUAAGGUCAUUGGCAAAGCACUGGUUCUAGAUGAGAUCAUUAAUUACAUACAAUCACUACAGCGUCAGGUUGAGUUCUUGUCGAUGAAGCUUGAAGCGGUUAAUUCGAGAAUGAACCCCAGCAUUGAAGGACGUCCAGCGAAAGAUUUCGGUCAACAAACAUUUGACACGGCUGGUCUGGCAUAUGGUUCACAAGCUACAAGGAACUACAGAAGGAGUUCAUCGCCAGAAUGGUUGCAUAUGCAGAUUGGCGGCGGCAGCGGCGGCGGCUUUGAAAGAACAACGUAAUUUAUGCCAAAAAGUAUACACCACUAAUAAGAACAUAAAAUACACCUGCUACCUCCUUCAGCGACUGCCAAAAAGUAUACCCGCUAUCUUGAAUCAGAAGACCUCAGUAUCGUUUUCUGCAUUACGCAUGGAGCUGCAAUAUGCUUCUAAGAGAGGUGAAAUUAAUAUCUAAACAACUCCAUUCCUUUCGGGCAGAAAAUGAAUCUGUUUAGCUCCUUGUAAUUCAUAGCAGGCUUCAUGUUCUACGUCCCAAAAGCUACUGUUCUUGUAAAAUUCAGAAUGUUUAAAGCAUAAUUCAGAAUGUACUGAGAAGCUGAAGGUUUUGUUCAAUAAGCAGUUUAAGGCUUUGUUUGGCAGUUAA